GUGUGUGUGUGUGUGAGCGUGCGUGCGUGUGUGUGCGUGUGUGCGUGUGGCAGCGAGGCGGCGGACUGCUGAACAGUGGAGAGGGUGCAGACGGCAGGCGGACCUCCCCCGGUGCUGCGGGACAAGAUGUGGCUGCGGGACGAGCUUCUGAAAUCCAUAUGGCACGCAUUCACAGCGCUGGACAUGGACCACAAGGGAAAGGUGUCCAAGUCUCAGCUGAAGGUGCUCUCUCACAACUUGUGUACAGUGAUGAAUAUCCCACAUGACCCCGUGGCCCUGGAGGAGCACUUCAAGGAUGACAAUGAGGGCCCUGUGUCCACCCAGGGCUACAUGCCUUACCUCAACAGGUUCAUUCUCGACAAGGUACGGGAUGAUUUUGACAUACUGGAGUUCAACAAGCUAUGCUGGACACUGUGUUACAAGAAAAAUAUCAACACCACUCAUCUUCUCAUCUCAAAUGAGGAUGCCUUCAAAGUCUGGUGCAUUUUCAACUUUCUGUCAGAGAACCGGUACCCACUGGUCAUCAUUACUGAAGAGAUUGAAUACUUCUUGCGAAAGCUGAUGGAGGCCAUGGGGACCGUGUUGAAUGAAGAGCAGUUUUCAGACUACAAGCUCCAGUUGAACAAGAGGAAGAACUGCCUGACCGCCUGGGAGCUGAUUGAACUGGUGGGCAUGGGCCACUUCAGCAGGGGCUUGAACCACCAGACCCUUUCCAUGGGCAUCAAUGAGGUUUUCCAGGAGCUCAUACUGGAUGUGCUGAAGCAGGGUUACAUGAUGAAAAAGGGUCACAAAAGGAAAAACUGGACAGAGCGCUGGUUUGUGCUUGGACCAACCUCGAUAUCUUACUAUGUCUGUGAAGACCUUGCAGACAAGAAAGGAGUCAUUGUUCUGGACCGCAGCUGCUGCGUGGAGUCUCUCCCGGACAAGGAAGGGAAGAAAUGCCUGUUCAUUAUCAAGUGUGCUGACAAAAGCUUUGAGAUCAGCGCCUCAGACAAAAAGAAGAAACAAGAGUGGAUCCAAGCUAUCCAAACAUGCAUCCAGUUGCUGAGGCUGGGGCUGCCGUCUCCUCACCGCGAGGCCAGGCAGCGGCGCAGGGAGCUCCGGCAGCGGCAGCAGGCCGAGCAGGAGGAGCUGGAGGAGAGGAUGAAGCAGCUCCAGACGGCCAACGAUAGCAAACACAGGGAGCUGGAGGCCAUGAGAAAGAAAAUGGAAGAGGCAGCGGCCAAAGCAGCAAUGGAGGAGCGUAGGAGGAAGCAGACUCAGAUAGACCUGCAAGAUCGCUACAGACUCGACCUCGAGAGAGAGAAAAUGGUGAGGCAGCAGAUGGAGGAGCAGGUGGCCCAAAAGUCCAGUGAACUAGAGCAGUACCUGCAGCGUGUCCAGGAGCUGGAGGAUAUGUACCGUCGGCUGGAGGAGGCCUUAGAGGAUGAGAGGCAGGCCAAGCUGGACGAGGAGACCAUGCGCAAGCUGCAGGCCAGACUGCUGGAGGAGGAGGCAGCGAAGCGGGCUGAGCUAGAGCAGAUCCACCUGCAGCAGCAGAGGGCGAUCUCGCAGACCCAGGCUGAGAAGAAGGAGCUGGAGGCCGAGCAGUUGGCAAAGGAGAAAGCGUUGCAGGCAGCAUUGCUGCAGCUGGAGAGCCUAGAGAGGGAGAGGCACGGGGCGCUGGAGCAGUAUGAGGAGGCGACGAGGAAACUCGAGCGGGCAGCUAACAAGACCAAGACUUGGAAAGACAAGGUGGCCAAACAUGAGGGACUGGUGCGUCUCAUCCAGCCAGGCCAUAAGGGACCUCAGAGGAUCACUAACUGGGGGCCGGCCUCCUUCACUGAUGCCGAGUUGGAUUUGAGAAAGAAGUCGUGGCAGGAGAGGAAGAACCAGGGAGCUCCGGCUCAGUAACCUCUGGGUGUACAGGACGGACCACGCACUGAUGAUGCAGCAUCACAAGACAUGAUAAACGAGUCAUGAAUUAACUCUGCAAUCCAUGCGUUCACAUUCCCAGUCUGAAGUGGUUUGAUAAUAGAGAUUUCCUGAGCCUAUGAUAGCUAUAUAUGUGUACCCAGUGGGAAAUUAGAGUCAAGAAAAAAGUGGUUUAUGCUGUGUGUUGUUAAUAUUAACUGAUUUCAGGUGUGCCAUUGUUCUCAAAAUGUACAGCUUUGGAUUAACUGCAUUUAUCAGUUUCCUACAUAACACACAUUUGUAUUUUUUUAACAUAAAUUUUUUGCAGGCCGAGUUGAAAUUGUCGUUUUUAUGCUGUCCAUUCUAACUGU